GCGAGCCCAUUCAUCUGUGCACUUGGGCGUUGGACCCCGCAUCUUAUUAGCAACCAGGGAGAUUUCUCCAUUUUCCUCUUGUCUACAGUGCGGCUACAAAUCUGAGAUUUUUUUUAUUACUUCUUUUUUUAUAAAACUACACUUGGGCUCCUUUUUUGUGCUCGACUUUUCCACAUUUUUCCCUCCUUCCUGCGCUGCUGCUUUUUGAUCUCUUCGACUAAAAAUUUUUUAUCCGGAGUGUAUUUAAUCGGGUCUCUUCUGUCCUCCUCGCCGCCCCCACCCCCUCCCUCCGGUGUGUGCGCCGCCGCCGCUGUUGCUGCCACCGCUGCUGCUGCUCGCCCCGUCGUUACACCAACCCAAGGCUCUUUGUUUCCUCUCUUGGAUCUGUUGAGUUUCUUUGUUGAAGAAGCCAGCAUGGGUGCCCAGUUCUCCAAGACCGCAGCGAAGGGAGAAGCCGCCGCCGAGAGGCCCGGGGAGGCGGCUGUGGCCUCGUCGCCUUCCAAAGCAAAUGGGCAGGAGAACGGCCACGUAAAGGUGAACGGCGACGCGUCGCCCGCCGCCGCCGAGCCGGGCGCCAAGGAGGAGCUGCAGGCCAACGGCAGCGCCCCGGCCGCCGACAAGGAGGAGCCUGCGAGUGGCGGGGCCGCGAUCCCCGCCGCGGCCGAAAAGGAUGAGGCCGCCGCGGCCGCCGAGCCGGGCGCCGCCGCCGCCGCCGGCGCGGCCGACAAGGAGGCUGCCGAGGCCGAGCCCGCCGAGCCCGGGUCUCCGGCCGCCGAGGCCGAGGGCGCGUCCGCCUCCUCCACGUCGUCGCCCAAAGCGGAGGACGGAGCCGCGGCGUCGCCCAGCAGCGAGACCCCGAAAAAAAAAAAGAAGCGCUUUUCCUUCAAGAAGUCUUUCAAGCUGAGCGGCUUCUCCUUCAAGAAGAGCAAGAAGGAGGCGGGCGAGGGCGCUGAGGCCGAGGGCGCGACCGCCGACGGCGCCAAGGACGAGGCCGCAGCCGCCGGCGAGGCGGCCGCGGCCCCCGGGGAGCAGGCGGGCGGGGCGGGCGCCGAGGGCGCGGCGGGCGGAGAGCCCCGGGAGGCCGAGGCGGCGGAGCCGGAGCAGCCAGAGCAGGCGGAGCAGGCCGCGGCGGAGGAGCCGCAGGCCGAGGAGCCGUCGGAGGCCGCGGGCGAGAAGGCCGAGGAGCCCGCGCCGGGCGCCACCGCGGGCGACGCGCCCUCUGUCGCGGGGCCGGAGCAGGAGGCUCCCGCCGCCGCCACCGAAGAGGCCGCGGCGUCUGCUGCCCCCGCCGCGACGCCCGAGCCGCAGCCCGAGUGCAGUCCGGAGGCGCCCCCCGCGCCGGCGGCCGAGUAAGCACCGGUGCCCUCACGUAAUUCAAGAACUUUUCCCCCCCAGUUUGUUUGUUGGAGUGGUGCCAGGUACUGGUUUUGGAGAACUUGUCUACAACCAGGGAUUGAUUUUAAAGAUUUUUUUUUUUUAUUUUACAUUUUUUUAAGCAGCAAUUUUUUUUUUAAGCCCCCUUCCCCACAGAUCCCAUCUCAGAUAGUUGUUACCACCAUUCCAUUCCGACAGGCCGAGGACGGUUUAGACAGAGCUUCCUCAGCCUUUUUUCUUUUCUUUACUUUUUUUUUUUUGCAUCAGUAUUAAUGUUUUUUGCAUACUUUGCAUCUUUAUUAAAAAUGUAAACUUUCUUUGUCAAAUCUAUGGACAUACCCAUAUAUGAAGGAGAUGGGUGGGUCAAAAGGAAUAUCAAAUGAAGUGAUAGGGGCCACUAUGGGAAAUUGAAGCAGUGCAUAACAUUGCCAAGAUAAUAUGCCACUAAAAAUGAUGGUGGGUGUAAAGGCUUAGGGUUUUCUUUCUUUCCUUUUUUUUUUUUUUUAAAGAAAAGUUAUUACGAUGUAUUUUGUGAGGCAGGUUUACAACACUACACGUUUUGGAUAAGAAGGAAAGAGGAAAAAAAAACACCAAUACCCAGAUUUAAAAAAAAAAAAAGAUGAUAGUCUUAGGAGUUCACCUAAACCAUAGGAACUUCUUGCUUAUCUCAUGUUAGUGUACCAGUCAGUGAUUAAGUAGAACUACAAGUUGUAUAGGCUUUAUUGUUUAUUGCUGGUUUAUGACCUUAAUAAAGUGUAAUUAUGUAUUACCAGCAGGGUGUUUUUAACUGUGACUAUUGUAUAAAAACAAAUCUUGAUAUCCUUCAGAAGCACAUGAAGUUUGCAAGUCUCCACCCUGCCCAUUUUUGUAAAACUGCAGUCAUCUUGGACCUUUUAAACAAAAUUUUAAACUCAAGCAAGCUGUGACACGUGGAGUGGUUCCUGUUUAGACUGUGGUAUGUUUUUGAUUACAGCAGCCAAUGCUUUCUUUUCCAGUUGUCUUUGAGAAUAAAGGAAAAAAAAUCUUCAUCUUCAGAUGCAAUGGUUUUGUGUAGCAUCUCGUCUUGCGUGUUUUGUAAAUACUGGAGGAGCUUUGACCAAUUUGACAUAGAGCUGGAAUGUAACGUUGCUUACAAACAUUGCUAUUCAACUCCUGCUUAAGGUGUUCUAAUUUUCUGUGAGCACACUAAAAGCAAAAAAUAAAUGUGAAUAAAAUGUACAAAUUUGUUGUGUUUUCUUAUGCUCUAAGGCUGACUUCUAGGUCUUAGGCUUAUUUUUAGGAAGGCCUUGCAUGCCAUCAGAAGUACAUUUGGCUGUGGUUUUUGAUAUGAAGUUUUCAAGCUCUGAGAUUCAUAAUCGGUGUCAAAUUACAUAUGUAGGAAGAUCUUAUACUGUGUCAAUUGUUACCAUUUAUCUGCUUUUAGUUAUAUAUAGCAUGCCAGAAUAAGUCCUUUAAGACAAAGUGGCUUGACCCUAAGACUAUUUUCAAAUGUCUUAUGAGAUUAUUUCAUAAACUGUUUUCUUCUCACUGCAGGUCCAGAAACUUACAUUUUAUAGUCAGUAAGAGUGUUGAGUUCAGACUUCACGUAAGUCAUUGACGCCUUAGCAUUUGGCUCAUUUCCAAGUUAUUGUUGAAAUGCUGUGCUGUACUUUACUGACAGGUUUCUAUAAGGAAGUAACGGUGUUGAAUGGACAAAUUGUCAGUUUGGGGCCAUUAGCAUAGCUGCAAGCUUUUUUUUUUUAAUUAAAGUGUUAGCAUCUUAUAUUCAAAUGGAAAGAUAAUCCUUUAUAUAUUAACCCUUACUAGUUUACUUUCUGCUUAUUUUCUAUCUCAUAACUGGAUAUUUUUACUUUACUGGACCCUAAACUUCUUUCUUUUUUCUUUUUUAACCAUUGCUUUGUUUGAUGCAAGCUAGUCCACCUGUUGUGCUCUUUUCUUGAGUAGCGUGUAGGGUGGAGUUCAGGGAAAAGUGAAUCACUCUGGUAGCACCUCAAUAUUACAUGGUAUUAGAAAGAUAACAGCAUUAGCUUUGCAAUAAUGCUCUCUAAUUGAAAUAAUAGAUGGAUAUUAAUGGUUUCUUUUCUUUCUAAAUAUCCUCCCUGAUAAUAAAACCAAGUAACAUUUGAAAGAAUAAACUUGAUCCUGAGUUUCUUGAGUUUUUGGAAGAUUAAAGUCAAUCCUGGUAACCAAAGGACUGAUUUGUGGGUCUUUCCCACUUUAAUCAACUUGUUUGAAAACCCCUAGUUAGCCAAAUUGGUGCCUGGUAUGUAGUAGGACUCAACUGAAAUGGGUUUUAAGAAAAUAACUCCUGAACUGAGUAGUUAAAAAUACUGUGUAGAAAAGUAUUCUAUAUUGUUAGGUUUGUUCUUUUAACAGCUGAGAUUUAUUAAGAUGCAUUAUUUUGAUUUUAAUCACUGCCUAAAACACUUUGGGUGGUAUUGAUGGAGUGGCGGAUUUUCCUCCAAGUGGCUAAAUGCAAUUUGACAUACUUUUCAUCCAAAGUUUUGUACAUCCUGUUGUUUUCUAAUGGAAAAAAAAUGUUAAUAUGGCUUUUUUGUACUACUAAAAAUAGCUUUGAGAUUAAGGAAAAUAAAUAACUCUUGUACAGUUGAGAAUCGUGUUAUUAAGUCUGUAUUGGCAGUGUGUACAGUGGCAUUGCUGCGGUUAUGAACACUUACUCUGGAUUAUCAUAAUCAUUUAUUUGGUCCAAUUCCUAUUGCUUGUAAAAUAAAGUUUUACCACUUGA